AUGCCACAUCUCCGAGACCUCCUGAAGAAGAAGGAGAAGGUUGGACAGGAGGCCGAGGCGGCGCAGAGAAGAGAAUCCAAAUUGGACGUGCCCGAGUUUACGUUUCUUCGAACUACGACCGAAGUGCAAGAGGUGAUACAGCCGCCCUCGUUCACAGAGGACGAUAGCAAGGCCGGUCCCACGGACAAGAAGGAGGAGCGACGCCCGCUGGGCUUUCGCCAAUUCUCCAGCUCGUCCUCCACGAAGGACCCGACCGCUGUGUUGUCGCCGGUGGCCGAGAGAUCUGGGCAGCAAUUGCCAGUGAGACCGAAAGGCGAGCGACGACUGUCGCAAAGACUACAUCUCCAUCGGCGCGACCGGUCGCGCUCCGCUUCGCUGGAAUCGAGCUCCAAUCUCCCGCAGGAUCUACCAGAGGCACCGGACUCUGUCGGACCGGCGCAUGGAGGCCCCGACACCAAGCGGGUGGUGGAAGACAAGGGGACGAAGGAGGCAAAGGAGCAGCGAGAAGCACAAUGGGAGAGACGCGCGACGAUACUGGCGAUGAACAACCCACUGAGGGACGGACGACUACAGACGGAACAACAGGAGGGCAAGAGUCUGCCGGCCGGCGCACGUAGCAGGAGCGGAAGUCGGAGUAUAUCCGAUGCUGCCGCUGGCGACGUGAACAUACAGGAAGCGAUCCGACUGCAUGAGGCCGGCGAUCUCAAGCUCUCCACUGAGAUGUUCGGCCAGCUCGCGAACCCCGAGGGGGACAACAGUGCUCUCGCCCAAGUGCUCUACGGGCUGGCACUGCGACACGGCUGGGGCAUCGCCGUGGAACCGGAGAAAGCGAUCCACUACCUCUCGCGCGCCGCUUCCAACUCGGCGUCCAUCGAGCAGCAAGCGCUCGCGUCGGGGAUGCGGAAAGGCGGCGCGGCGAAAGGGGAGUUGGUGCUCGCCAUCUUCGAGCUGGCCAACUGCUUCCGGCACGGCUGGGGAGUGGCGCGGGAUGCGGUCGCUGCGAGGCAAUACUACGAGACGGCCGCCAACCUGGGCGACACGGACGCGAUGGAGGAGGCUGCCUGGUGCUAUCUGGAGGGAUUCGGGGGCGCAAAGGAUAAGGUACGUACCGCACUUCUCUCUCUCUCUCUCUCUCUCUCCAGCCUCAGCAGCGACCUGUCCACAUCCGUGUCUCCAAAGAGCAAAGUACAUGUACUCCACGUGAGCGACGGGCAAUUCGUUUAG